AUGGCGGCGGUGGGAAUGCCGGACGCGAGCUUCUUGUGGGGAGUCUUCCAAAGGGUGGACAAGGACCGCAGCGGAGUCAUCUCGGACGGGGAGCUCCAGCAGGCGCUGUCCAACGGAACAUGGACUCCAUUUAACCCAGCAACAGUCAGAUCUAUCUUAUCCAUGUUUGACAGAGAAAACAAAGGAGGUGUGAACUUCAACGAAUUCACUGGCGUCUGGAAAUAUAUCUCAGACUGGCAGAAUGUAUUUCGCACGUAUGAUAGAGACAAUUCUGGAAUGAUUGACAAACAUGAAUUAAAGCAAGCACUAACAGGUUUUGGUUAUCGCCUGUCUGACCAAUUCUACGAUCUUCUUAUUCAGAAAUUUGACAGACAAAGGCGAGGACAAGUGGCUUUUGAUGACUUUAUUCAGUGCUGUGUUGUCCUGCAGAAAUGGACUGAUGUCUUCAGACGCUGUGAUACUGAUCAGGAUGGCUGGAUUCAAGUGUCUUAUGAACAGUACCUUUCUAUGAUCUUCAGUGUUGUAUGACUGCAAAUACUGUCUUGAAAACUUGGACUGAAUUUGCCAAUUU